UUAAAGUAGGGUAUUGGGUGCACACAAAAAAUGAUUAAAUUAAAGUAUUGUGGCCGGCGGCUAAGAAGAAAAAUAAGCAAACCGAAAUCAGUAAGAAUCAAUUCCGGUUAAGGAUAAAAAUGCGAGUUACUACUGUAGCUGGCAUUUUUUUGGUUUACUGUCUGGCCAAGAACAGAGUGACAUCACCGCCGGAGAUGGAGACAAUAUCGGCGGAAGAUGUUGGCAUCGGUGUUGAUCUAUUUCCUCCGCUCUCUCCUCUCGCCUUCUCUCUCUACGACUCCUUCCUCUCCUCUCACUGCUCAUCCUGCUUCUCCCCUACUCCUCCGCCCCACUCUCUCUACUGCUCCGCCGCUUGCUCCCUCCUCAUCGAUGACUCUCCCGCCGUCUUUCCUCCAGACCUAUCCCCGCUUCUCUCAACCUCCGACAUCCGAGCAGCUCUCCGUCUCCUCAACUCCAUCUCCUCCUCCUCCUCCGCAUCCGCCUCUUUACCGCACCGACUGGGCGGCCUUCUCACCAAUCACCACCGCCUCAUGGCUGAUUCUUCCUUCUCCAUCGCUAUCCAACGCGCCGCCGUUUUCAUCUCCGCCGCUCUGAGGUCUGACAGGGGAAACACCGUGUUGGAGGAAGCGGCUUUAUGCGCUGUGCUAACGAACGCCGUAGAGGUGCAAGAUGGAACCGGAGUUGCUCUCGGGGUCGCGGUUUAUGACUCGCGAUUCUCUUGGAUCAACCACAGCUGCUCUCCCAACGCUUGUUACCGUUUCUUGAUCUCUCCUCCUCACACCACCGCAACCACAAGCACAACGUCGUCGUUUCAGAAAACUCUUCCUCGCAUCACUGCCAACACAGACAAGGAACAUUAUAGCAGCAUCACCUCAACUUACGAAGGUACAGUGAGAUAUGGACCAAAGGUAAUUGUUAGAAGCAUCAAGAGGAUCAAGAGUGGUGAAGAGAUUACUGUAUCAUACAUCGACUUACUGCAACCAACGGGAUUGAGACAGUCAGAUUUGUGGUCCAAAUAUCGAUUUAUUUGUAACUGUGGAAGAUGUGCAGCAUCACCUCCUGCUUAUGUGGACUCUAUUCUAGAGGGAGUUGUUGCCUUGGGGCAUGAAAUAACAACCGUUGGUCAUCAUGAAGACGGAGCCGCCACAGUGGGAAAGAUGACCAAUCACAUCAAGGAAGCCAUAGAUGAUUUUCUAUCAGACGACAUUGAUCCUGCAACAUGUUGUGAGAAGAUCGAGGGUGUUCUCCAUCACGGCAUUCUUGAUUCUUCGCUGCGGUUACAUCCAAGUCACCACGUCGCUCUGCAUGCCUACAUCACUCUGGCUUCUGCUUACAGAAUCCGUUCGAUUGAUUCCGAAACUGACUUUGGGAGGGCUUUUGAGAUGAGCAGGACCAGUGCAGCUUACUCUCUCUUCCUUGCAUGUGUUUCUCACCGUCUCGUCUCCGCAGACCUUUCUUUCGCUAUUUCUGCUGCAAAUUUCUGGACAAGAGCUGGAGAGUCCCUGUUAGAGCUUGCCUGCAAGUUUUUGAUGGAGUCUUCCCGAGAAUAUGAUGAUGUCAAAUGCAGCAAAUGUCUUAUGCUUGUUGAAAACCAUGAUUCUCAUAGAGAAGAUAUCAGAGACCAGAUUCUCAAGUGUGCAGUCACUGAGAGUGGGAGCUCACAAGUCACAUGGAGUUUCCUCACUCGCGGUUGCCCUUACCUGCAAAAGUUUAAGAGUUCAAUUGAUUUCACCUUUACUGGGACCAAUUGCAAGAGAGAAGAAGAGUCGAGCGUAGACCAAAGGGUAAGCGUUCUCCUACUCUCUUUUCAUUGCUUACUCUAUGCAGACCUUCUGACUGAUUUAUGUUACGGUCAGAAGUCACAUUCGGUGUCUUAAUCAAUCUGUAGCUUUAAUUUUGAGGAAUAUGUAUUUUUUGAAUUGUGUCAUGUCAUCUGUUAAUGGCUUUGAUACAAGGAAAUGUUUAUUCACAGGAAAACUGUUAAAAGACAAGGGUAAUUUACACUUUAAGACCACUUA